GUAUUAUAACGCUUCAGUUAUGAUGUACUUGGGCACGUAAAUUUAUGUCACACAAUAUUGUUCAGUUCUAUCAAACAUUCGAAAAUAUAUUAUAUACCUGCUGGUAUAGAUUUAGAGUUCGUUAGGUUUUGGAUACUGUUGUGUUGUCGUCUGUUUUAAAUAGUCAUUAUGAAAAACGUACACGUUUGUCGUCUUGAUUUGACGACACGACAUUUGGUGUGGAGAAACACAUGCGACACACUGCACAGGGAGAGAGAGAGAUAUUUCGAUGUAAAUAAUUAUUACUGCAGUAUAUUGUAUUCGAAAAUUGAAACAGAUUGGUCGUUGACGCAGUUCUCACGCGUUUCGGAGGCACGCGGAUGUAUACACGUUAUAUUGUAUAAAGAGCAUUUUGACUUACCCGUUUGGGCGAACAUUUCGUUUAACUGUACCAUACAUAUUAUCAUAGAAUAUCUAUCAUGGACGGUAAAAUAUCAUCGGUAUUCGAAAAAUACUUUUCGCCAUCACCGCUGGUGAACCAAAUAAGGAAUUUUGUCAAUCGGCAAAUAGACGAGCAAACACCACAAAACGUAAGCACACAACCAACUGCGGUUGCAAAACAUCACGGUAAUAAUGUAGUGAACGGCACCGCUCCGAAACCCACGAGCAACGAAAAACCAACGGAAAUCCAAAUACAUCCACAACCCGCUCAGCCUGCCGAUAGAAACUUAGUGCAUGUUACCAAAGCACAGAUGAAAGAAUUUCAAGAAGCGUUUAGGUUAUUCGAUAAAGACGGUGACGGCAGCAUCACUAAAGAGGAAUUGGGACGAGUUAUGCGGAGUCUUGGACAGUUCGCUAGAGAAGAAGAAUUGGAACAAAUGUUGCAAGAAGUCGACAUUGAUGGCGAUGGAGCGUUCAGUUUUCAAGAGUUUGUAGAAAUUGUGUACAAUAUGGGUGGUACAGCAGAAAAAACGGCAGACCAAGAGGAAAAAGAGCUCCGAGACGCGUUUAGGGUAUUUGACAAACAUAACAGAGGAUAUAUAAGUGCGUCGGACUUGAGAGCUGUCCUUCAAUGUUUGGGUGAAGAUUUGUCAGAAGAAGAAAUUGAGGAUAUGAUCAAGGAAGUAGACGUGGACGGAGAUGGAAGAAUCGAUUUUUACGAGUUUGUGAAUGCCCUUGGAGAACCAGGAGAUGAUUAUGAUGAAAAUGAUGAAGACGAAGAAGACAUUUACCCCCAAUUGGACAUUCAAACAUAGCUUUCAAACAGUCAAAUGUUUUAGUAUGAUAAUAACAAGUCCAGUUAAAAUUGAAUUAUCAAAAUUGAUAAUAAUAUUUUUUGUAAACUUAGGUUAAAAUGUUAAGAACUUACCCAUUUUGUAAUUUCUAUCAGGAAUAAACACACCAAUAUCUGUUUUUA